UCGCUUGGUAACAUUGAUAACUACAAUAAUGUUAUCUUAAUGCACAUGAGAAACUUACAAAUACAAUUCAAUAUUUUCAAAAGAUUAUUCAAUUACCCUUUCACCCUCUUUUAUAGCUACUGCAGGGCGGCAUUUUGAUGUAUUUAAUAUUCAAAUUUGCAUAGUAUUAUAAUUGUCACUGAUUCACAUUAGAAAAAUAAAACAAAUUUUUAUUAUGAUUGUCAUUCAAGUUUCUGAAUCUAGACUCCACCUAAUUCUUGCUUAAGAUGCCAUUUUCAUUAGUUAUAUUGAAAGAGUUGUAGUUGGAGAUUUUUGUGUACAAUUUUUGAUUUGAAGUUUGUUCUUGAUUUGGUAGCUCAAUUAAGAAGUGCAGCAAUGGAGUGGCGAUUGCCAAACAAGAGCUUUGCUCAACCUCAGCUCUUGUCCUUCCAUGGCUCUCAUGGAGAGAAGGCGAAGACCGGCUUCGACUCCCUCGCCUCAGCCGGUCUGGUGACGAUAACCACCACGGAAAUUGACACGGAUCGGAGUUCUUACUCGGCCGUUAUGCAGAAAAACAUUGAUCAAGGAGGAGUUCGGUACACGGUCACAACCUAUCCCGCCGAUCCAAGGAGUGCGACGGCCUUGCCGGCAAUGGGCGCCUCCGUUCACCAAUCCUUUGUGCCCCUUAGCCCGCAGCCGAUUUCCGCCAUUCCAAUGGUGAAUCCCAUCCCAGCUAUGUCUUUGAGCAGCCCCGUUGUCGGGACUACGGACUUAAGGAAUUCUUCCAAGAGCUCAGGGACUCCGGCUCAACUAACGAUAUUCUACAACGGCUCCGUUUGUGUAUACGACAACGUUUCUGCGGAUAAGGCUCAGGCUAUUAUGUUACUGGCCGGAAACGGCCCCCCGGUGGCUUCUAGUGCACCGGUCCCUGCAGCCCCCGUUCAAGCCUCCGCGCCUAGGCCUUCUAUCCUCGAGAGUUAUGUGGUGAACCACCCUUAUGGUGGUGGUGCAUCGCACCGGUUGAGCCCUGCAGCCAAGGCCACCGGUGGCGUUUCUCAGUCGAUGGGGUGGGCCGGCGCUAUCAGCGAAAUGAAUGCUUCGAAGCAAGGCGGCGUUCUUGUCUCGUCUAGCAAAGUUGAGCCGUUGAGAGUAGUUAGCUCGCCUGCACCCGUUUCUGCAAGCUUCUCUCCAUCAAGCUCUGUACCUCAGUUUAGGAGGAAAUCUUUGGCUCGGUUUCUAGAGAAGCGUAAGGAGAGGGUAAUCACCGCGGCGCCAUAUGCUGCCAACGAAGCACCGGAGUGCAACUCGUCGGGGUCAUGCUCCGUGCCAGCAGUGAUUUAAUCAAAGGGCGACGUGCAACAGAUACAGAUACAUGCUCAGUCGGUAAGACGCUUCUCCCCCAACCAGCAGGUUGAAGGUUCACCAGCGAGAGAAAAUGGAGAACCAUUAUCGAUCCCCCUUAAAAAAAAAAACUUGCAUAUAUGUCAAUAUUUCAUGACUAAAAAUGCUUUUAAUUUGUGUCGUAGGCGUCGCUCGAGUCCAGUUUUGUUGCAGUUGUGAUCGAAACAGUUUCUUAACUACACUGUACAAAUAGUAGUAUGUACAUGUAAGAACACUAGUUUUUACCUGUUUUAAUUUGCAGUGUAAUUUCAUGGUA